UUCCGACCAUGUUUUGUGCUAGCUAGUACUUCAUCCGUCCCAAAUUAUUAGUCAUUUUGGCUUUUUUUAGAUGCAUAGUUUUUGUUAUGCAUCGAUGUAUAUUAUGUCUUGGUGCAUAGCAAACACUAUGUAUCUAGAAAAAUCAAAACGACUAAUAAUUUUGGACGGAGGGAGUAGUUAGUCUUUACCCUUUGAAGCGGUGUUUUUCUUGAUGUACAUCAUCUUAUUAUUGAUAAGCUCAGCUUUAUUAUGAUGUUUGCAUCAAGCAAUCAACUACUUCAAGUUAAUUAAUAAAAACGGUUAGUGUAUUCAAUUGAUUUACGAAAAUGCAUGGUCCAUGUAUAGUCAAACUAGCUAGCCUUUUAUGAAAGAUAAAAAAAAUCGAAUCAAAUGUUGUGUGAACUUAUGAAUACUCUGUAAUUUGUGAAAGAGUUGAAGCAUGUUUUCCUUGUCGAGGUCCAUAUGCAAACUUGAUGUCAAUGCCAUAAUAGCUAUCCACAGUAGGUCGCUACUCCUGCUUGUAUGUAAAGCAACGGCAUCCUUUGCUAAAAAAACACGAGGUCUCAAAACCAUUUCUUGACGCCUUCUCUUGCUGUCCAUAUAUACCACACGUUUCUUUGCUUUGCCUCAUUGCGUUGCUUGUGCCGUGUGCUUGUUGCUUGAUCUCAUGUCUCACCUCCUACUCUGACUCGAUCGAUGCAACGCAGCUGAUGAAGCCAUGGAGAGGAGCCGCUCCACCCCUUCCAGCACUCCGGCGAGGCUGCCGCCGCGCAGCCCCCUCGACGUCGACGAGGAGUACGACAGCGCCUUCAAGUCCAAGUCUUUCCUCGACCUCUGGUCGCACGCGCACCGCCACCUCAGUCAGACCUUCUCCUUCAAGCAGUCAUCGUCCAAGUCCAGCGUCAAGGACUACCCGCGCCACGACGACGACGAGAACGACACGGCGGCGGCCUUGGAGCAGUCCUGCUCGUACACCGUUCUUGAUGACUUCGUCUUGGAGCCGAGCCCCGAGGUGCUCGUGCGCGGGCGGGGACGGGGCGGUCGCCAGCUGCGGCGACGGCGCCGCCGCGUGGACACCCUGCUGAUCGAGUACUUCGACGUGACGCAGGAGGCCUGCGAGGCAUUCUCCGCGCUGCUCGCCGCCAUCGGCACGGCGCGGCGCCACCACCUCACGCUCCGCCGGCUGCUCGCGCGGCUGGACGGCGGCGGGGGCGACGCCUCUGCCGCGAGGGACGCGAUCGCGGAGCACGUCCGCCUCGACAACCCGCUCUCGCCGGGGUGCCUGGCCGGGUUCCACGAGGUGCACGAGCGGUGCGGCCCGCUCGCCAAGCGCCUGGCCGCGGCGCAGCGCCGGCUCCGGAGGCUCGCGCGGGCGAUGCGCGUGGCGCGGGGCACGGCCGCGGCGGCGCUGGUGGCGGCGUGCGCGGGCGCCGUCGUGGCCGCGGCGGUGUUCGCGGCGCACGCCGUGGUGGGCGUCGGCGCGGCGGCGGCGGCCGUGGGCGCGGGCCCGGCGACGGCCGUGCGGUGGGCGGCGGAGCGGGUGAGCGAGCGGCACUACGCGCGCGCGGGGACCGCGGUGGACGCGGCGGCGCGCGGCGCGUACAUCGUGGGGCGGGACCUGGACACGGUGAGCCGCAUGGUGCGGCGCGCGCACGACGAGCUGGAGCACGGGCGGGACGUGGCGCGCAUCGCGGUGCGCGGGCGCGGCGAGCGGCCGCUGCUGCAGGAGGUGGCGAGGGAGGAGGCGGAGUGCGAGGAGGACCUGAGGGCGCAGCUGGAGGAGCUGGAGGAGCACGUCUGCCUCUGCCUCAUCACCAUCAACCGGAGCAGGAGGAUGGUGGCGCACCAGAUGACGGGAGGCUUGCCGUCGCCGGACCAAAACUAACCUUGUGUUGAGAGAGAGAAAAAGAAACAGACCAUUAGUCUGUCGAUUGAUCUGUUGUUAACUAUGUGAUCACUGUUCAUACGAUUGUAGAGUAGAGAUUUGAAUAACAAUAAUUCAGGCUGAUUGAUUCUUAUACUAUGUACAGUAGAGCACGAGUUUUUUUCGUGGUAGUUGUGUAUGUGGAAUACAAACAACGAACUACCUCAAUCAUAUAUUCCUUGUCUUUGCUUUCUGAACCUGUUCUGACGGCAUAGCAAAAUAUAAGGUUAGAAAUCUGAAUUGCUUGCAGUUGCAGCUUGAAUGGUUUUUGAAAGUGUGAAGCUGCUAGAUCCGUCAUCUCCAAACAUUUGC